UAGCAGUACGGCUUCGUGGGAUCCAUCUGCAAGCCGUGAUUGGGAUGAUCAAAAGCCCACCCAGCAGUGUAUUUUAAGAAUUAAACGACCCCCUGACUGAUUUACCAGAUGGAUGGCAAGGAGAAGCCAAAGAUGUAAUGAAAUGGCCUCCAACAAGUUUUACUGAAGUUGCAAAUCAUCUGUUGAUCCCAGCUCAUAAAAGCAGCAGUCAUUCAGAGACACAGGCGAGAUCCCUUCGUCGGAGCCUGCUUACAGAUUACAAGGAAGGAAAAGCAUGCAGCUAUUUUGAUACAAAAUGGCUGAAGGAGGUUUUCUACCACCAUAUCUCGAAUGACUCCGUGGUGUACUUUCUGAAAGCGUAGUGCACACCUUCACAAAGUGUAUAUCACACACCCCACACAGCAUGGGUGUGCGUUGAAACGUUGAGUGGGAAAAUCCAUUCUUGCCUACUGCACUUGUCACGCAGGAAUGGGCUCAACAUGCAAUCAUGUUGCGGCUUUGCUCUUCAAGCUUGACUUUGCAUACCAGCGAGGUUGGACAUCAAGGUCUUGCACAUCACUACCGAGUGAAUGAAACACAUUCAAUGGUCCUUCCUCUCCAGACAUCAGUGACAUUCUAGAAGGAAAACUCGUUUCUGAGAUGAAUUGGCAUAACCUCACGAUGAGAAGAGUGAUAUGUUCUCAUCAGGAAACGAUAAAUCCACCAGAACGGCAGCUUUUUGACCCACAAAACACCUGGCAGCAGCGAGCCCUGAAGAUGCCCUGAGACGUUUCACUUCAGCCAUUUAUGGAAAUACACCAGUGGUGAGUGAGGUACAAUGACAUGUAGUUGUGAUCUUACUAAUAACUGGUAGCAUCAGUCCAUACAGUUCACCACUAAAGAUAUUGGCAUGGGAUCCAACGGACACAAUUUGCAGCUCGAGUCCGUAAUGAGCCUCUUCAUCACUGCCUCAGUGAGCGAGACAUCAUGAAUAUCUAUGCAGAACCUCCACCUGGUAUGUGUGUUGUGCCAGAAGAGGACAUUACAAAGGUACAUGCCUUGAUAACGGGUCCAUUUGACACUCCUUAUGAAGGAGGGUUCUUCCAUUUCCUGAUAAGAUUUCCACCAGAUUACCCAAUAAGACCACCACGUGUAAAGCUUGUCACUACCGGGGAAGGAAAAGUCCGUUUUAAUCCAAAUUUGUAUCGAAAUGGCAAGGUCUGCCUAAGUAUUCUUGGUACAUGGACAGGUCCAGCAUGGAGCCCAGCCCAGUCUCUGUCCAGUGUGUUGAUCUCUAUCCAGUCACUUAUGAAUGACAAGCCGUACCACAAUGAACCUGGAUUUGAACAGGAACGACAGCCAGGUGACUGUGAGCGUUACAAUGACUGCAUUCGUCAUGAAACCAUAAGAGUAGCUGUUUGCGACAUGUUAGAAAGGGAAAAUCCAGUGAUGCCAAAAACACUCGGAGAGGUGAUGAAGAAAUCUUUUCCAGAAUUUUAUGAGUACUACAUGAGUACAGUGACAGAGAAGUUACAUCUGACUGGUCUCAGCAUGCAGGAUCCUUAUGGUGAAAGAAGAGGAAAGUUCCAGUAUAACACUUUAAAAUUGAGUUUGGAGAAGAUUAAACAACGAUUGGAAGCAGAAGAGGCUAUAAACAAAGCAUCGGAUGCAGACUCCAGUGGUACUUCUGACAAUGAGAUGGACACAUCAACACCUUGUUCUGUCAGAUGAAGUAUCUUAAUCAUUUAUCUCUGUUGGGAAGUGUUACCUAAAUUGUCUGUGAUGAAUGGAGUAACCGGCUUAGAAGACAUGCUGGAACCAGUUUAUUCUCAUGACUGUUGCAUGAAUACCAGUACAUAUUCUUACCAUAUUAGACUGUCUUUUCAAUUUCUAUUGUAGCAGGGGAAAAAAUGGACUGUUCUGAUACAGAAGUACCAGUCCUAACUCGGCCAGGAUGGACCAACUGAAGUGGGGAGUGGAAAGAGUUGGCCCCACUUUGAAUUACCUAGAGAAGCAGAUAUGUAUUAAUUAACCCCAUACAACUUCAACAGAAACAGUAUAUGAUAAUAUAUGACUUCUGCUAAUGCACACAUACAUGUACUUGGCUUUCUGCAUAUACUUUGAAAGAGUCAUCUAUGUUGCAUCCUAUGGAAUAACUGGGGUGAAAUUUAUGGGCUGUGAGCACCUGGGAUGCAAGUAUUGUAUCGUGGGGUUGCUAAAAGCAAAUAAACUGUGGUUUGUAUACAGUUGUUCAAGAUUUUAAAUCAGGGGUAGGGGAGGGCGGAGGGAUGGACAUUUGCAUGGAAACUUGUCUCUGCCCUUCUCCACCGUCGGCCAUAGCCCUGAAAAUAGUGUCGAUCACUAUGUUCAUGUCAACUCCCUUGUUUAAAAACAUGACUUGUAGGUGAUCAAGCAUCCCACCAAACAACAUCAGCCAAGCAUCACUGUUUCUGAAUGGUAAAAUCAAAUCAAAUCCCUGAUCAUAACCGAUUUAGAAGUUUACAGUACCAACUUUAGAAAUACAAAUUUAAAAAUAGCAUAGUUGUAUGCAGUGUCAAAAGUGGACAACCCAUUUUCUCAUGUUCUGCUUGUAGAUUUUGGACUUUGCGUAAAGCAUUUUCAAAAAACGCAAUUUUCCACUUGGAGAAAUUUGGAUUUUACUCUAACAACUCUCGUGGCACAUCAAAAGUCGACAGCUAAAAACUUCAAAAUCCCACUGGUAAAAGUAUUGUCAUGCUCGAAAAGUGGACAACCCAUUUUCUUAUUUUCUGAUGGUAGGAAUUUGCGUAAAGCAAUUUCAAGAACUCGCUUUUCUGCCAGCAAAAAAUUAGAUUUUACUUCAAGAAGUCUUCGUAACGCGUCAAAAGUAGACAGCUAAAAAGUUCUAACUUCUGCUAGCAAAUUUAUUCGAUGCUCCUAAAGAGAAAGACUUGAAUGAUAAGUAGUAAAUUAAAUCUUUGAUGUCAUAUCAGUGACCGACUGGUGUACUGGCUGAAAGAUUUAUUUUUGUCGUGGAUAU